UUUUUUCUCUCUUUCUCUCAUGUUCUCUUCUUUCUUUGUACUAUUUCGUUUUUAAUUUCUUUUUUUAUUAAAUGACAAUUUAAAAUACGUUGAAGUUGACGUCAAAUAAUCCACAACUACCCAAUUAUAUGCAAAUACUUUUUUUUCUUGAUAAGUGCAAAUUUCGAGAACAUUUUUAUUUCCGUUCCUAUCAUUGUGAAGGUUUUAGUUUUGGGACCGUCAGUAUUUAUUUUUGUCUGCUUGAGACUUUUCUCACUUUGUUGUCUAUUGCCACAUUUUUGUAAAUUCUCUUUUACUUGGUUUUUCCAUUAAAAAAUUUUUUUAACGUUAACUUUUAGAAAUUGGAAAUUUUUGACUUUCGGAGAAUUCUUCAUCCUUUCCUCUUCUCUAAUUUUUAAUUAAACUUUUAGAUGUUUAAAGAAAUAUUAUUUUUGUUUAUCUUAUUAAAAAUUGCUUCAAUAGCAACCUCAAGUGAUGUUCUCGUGUAUACCGAUGCCAACUUUGACAAAGAAAUAAAGAAACACGAUGUUGCUUUAGUUGAAUUUUAUGCUCCCUGGUGUGGACAUUGCAAAAAGUUAGCUCCUGAUUAUGAAAAGGCCGCUACUAAAUUGAAGAACAAUGAUCCGCCGAUUAUUCUAAUUAAAGUUGAUUGCACAGCGGAGAAGGCGACUUGUGAUAAAUUUGGAGUAGGAGGUUUUCCAACACUUAAAAUCUUCAGACAUGGCGAUGUCGCGUCGGAGUAUGAUGGUCCACGUGAAGCUGAAGGAAUUGUUAAGGUAAUUUUUGAAUAA